CGUCCUCAUCAUCGUCAACCCAUCGAUCUGUGUGCAUCGAUCCGCUGCCGCUUCGCCUGCAUAGAAUAUCUAAUACACAAACUCACCUCACAUUCUCUUGCUACCCCGGCCCCCAGGAAACGCCACGCUGCAGAUAACCUCACCCGUCAUCAGGUACAGCCAUCAGCCAGCCAGCCCGCCCGUACCACCCUCCGCCAGACGAUUCGGAUCUCGAUACAUUAGUUGCACUUGUCCGCUGGCCGGAAAGUCACCGAGUUAAUCAGUCAAUCUUUGCACGCUUCGUUGUCCUUCCGGUUUUUCUCCCGAACCCAAAGACUGGACCCCGGCAAGCCCACGAGCUCACACCGUCAUUUGAAGAAGCCUUUUCAACUGCAUCCUGGCUCAUCUGCAUCAACCGCAAUCUAGCUAAUAAUCCUGAUCUUCCGAAAACCUGCCAGGCUGCAGUUCGUUGGUCUUCUAAUUCCCGUCGUGCACCAUUGUCCUAUUUAUCCUCUUGGACAAUACUGCAGAGUGAACUGUUGCCUAUUGUUGGUCACUGUCACCUAAGACCCUUUGCGAAGGACUACCUAUUGUUACGACGAUCAAUAGGAACGAUAUCACGACCAUCUUCGCGCUACUUAAUCUUGCAUCUUGAAUCCUUCGACCUCAUCGACUUGGAUCUUGUCUAACGACCAACGAUAUCAUCGACCAUGGCUUACUCUCCACCAACCGCCGCCCAGAAUGCUGCUGCUUUGGAGCACUUCAUCCACCUUCCAGUGUCACAGGAUAUGAUCAGCUACCUCGCACACAAGGCUUCGCAAGUGAUUCGAUGUGAAGGUCAAACCGCACCAUCAACUAGCAAGGCACUUCCACCAACUCCACCUACCACACCACCGCAGUCGUCUGGUAGCGCCUACUUUGAGCCGCAACUACCACGAUUGGAGCUUUUCAUCACCGCUCUGGUCGAGAGAUCACACGUCCAGGUGCCUACUCUCAUGACGUCUUUGGUCUAUCUUGGCAGGCUGCAAUCACGUCUGCCUCCAGUUGCCAAGGGCAUGAGAUGUACAGCUCAUCGAAUCUUCUUGGCAUCGCUUAUUCUUGCUGCAAAGAACUUGAACGAUUCGUCACCAAAGAACAAGCACUGGGCACGAUACACUUCUGUUCAUGGCUUUGACAGCUUCGGCUUCAGCCUGACCGAAGUCAACCUUAUGGAGAAGCAGCUCCUUAGCCUCCUAGACUGGGAGCUCAGAGUGACGGAACAAGAUCUGUACACUCAUCUUGAGCCUUUCCUUGCUCCUGUCCGAACAUUCCAGCUUCGUCAGGCAGAGAAGCAGAGAAUUCGGGAGGAAAUGGCAGCUCUCGAGCAGCGUCAGAUGGCUUUCGCGGCCCAACAACAACGUCGGGCAGCAAUGGAGGCAACCAGAUAUUACGACUCACCUCGCUCAAUGGGUGCCUACACAUAUCAGCAACCCAUGUACUACUCAACCUCAUCGAACUCCUCAUCAAGAGCGGUAUCAAGAACGCCCUCGCUUUCUCCACCAACCCGAAGCGGAUCCUCAGCCUCACAAUCCUCAGCCGACUCAUAUGCCUCAUCAUCCUCGCCAUCCAGCAUCAUUUCAUCUUAUGCAGUGCCCAUCACCGAAGAGCCUACGACAUACUGCAGCCAGCGAAUGCAGCCUGCACCAAUCAUGACCCACAGCCUGCCACUUGACCAGACCGACCUCCAACCAGCCAAGAAGCAGAAAACCAACAUCUUCUCCCGCUUCUUGCCCACCACUCUCAGCCGACCAGCACCACCAACCAUCGCUGUUAACGGCUACUAAAAGUUCUUUGCUUUCAACUGGACACUUUUCAAUUUCCUUUCAUGAACAAGGAUAGAGACAUCACUCUCGCUUAAUCGACAGCAGUACAACAAAACUUCCUUGGGCUGGUUAUGACGGUAUCAGGCAUACUUCAGAACAGGACGCGGCGACGACAUAAUGAUGAUUUGCAUGGAUGGCAUUGGCAGGCGACUGACUACGAGCUCGGCUGGCACCAGAGUUUGUGGCGAGGCAGGCAGGCUCAAAUUUUUUAACUACCCGUCUCUUUUUUUUUGGCUUUGGCUUUGAUUGAGGAAUAACAACAGCAUUAUACCACAGUUUGAUGAUGCAUUUGAGCGGAGUUGUUACUGUGCGGGCAUCAGGCCUGCUUGUGUUGAUACGAUGGAUUGAAAGACCGAUCGAUGAUUGAGCUUCGAUGAGACGAAAGUUACCUAAAUUAGCAUAGCAAGAGCUUCCAAGAAAAGCAGGGCUACUUGACUGAUC